AACCGCGUCUCGGUUGUUCGCCGCCAUUUUGUAGAGGUAUAAGAUAACCUAGCCAAGCAGCAGUUUCGUUGCUCUAAGCCUGCACUUCUGUAUUGUGCAAUGGACGGCCGUCUAGAGACUGAUUUGUAUCCUAUGGGAUCCAGUUACACUGCUGAAAUAGACAGUGUCCACGAUAUUACAGUUGGUACAAAGCGGGGAUCUGACGAACUGUUUUGUGUCUCAAACGGACCCUAUAUCAUGAGCAGUUCUGCAACAGCCAAUGGCAACGACAGUAAGAAGUUUAAAGGUGAUAACCGAAGUCCUGGAGUGCCUUCCCGUGUAAUUCACGUGCGUAAGCUUCCCAAUGAUGUAAAUGAGGCAGAAGUAAUUUCCCUUGGACUCCCUUUCGGCAAAGUUACUAAUCUUCUCAUGCUUAAAGGCAAAAACCAGGCUUUCAUAGAAAUGAACACUGAAGAGGCGGCACAGACUAUGGUCACAUACUAUGCUUCAGUCACUCCUGUUUUGAGGAAUCAUCCAAUAUUUAUUCAGUACUCUAAUCACAAGGAACUGAAGACUGAUAACUCGCCCAAUCAGGCAAGAGCACAAGCAGCUCUUCAAGCAGUAAAUGCUGUUCAGACUGGGAAUGUUGCUAUGCAAGCUACACUAGAUACUGCUGGAUUAGGUGGUCAGAGCCCUGUCCUUCGCAUUAUUGUAGAGAAUCUCUUCUACCCUGUGACACUGGAUGUUCUACACCAGAUUUUCUCAAAAUUUGGAACAGUAUUAAAAAUUAUCACAUUUACCAAAAACAAUCAGUUUCAAGCCCUUCUUCAAUAUGCAGAUUCCUUGGCUGCACAGCAUGCUAAAUUGUCCCUAGAUGGACAAAACAUCUACAAUGCCUGCUGCACCUUGCGCAUUGAUUUCUCUAAGUUGACAAGUUUGAACGUGAAGUAUAACAAUGAUAAGAGUCGAGAUUACACACGUCCUGAUCUCCCAACUGGUGAUAGCCAGCCUUCCAUUGAACACCAGACAAUGGCUGCCUUUGGCAAAGAAGCCACAUUCAGACUAGGUGCCCCUGGCAUCAUAUCUGCCUCCCCCUAUGCAGGUGCUGCGGGUUUCCCUCCUGCAUUCACCAUUCCUCAAGCAGCAGGUCUUGCUAUGCCUGGUGUACCUGGAGCACUAGCCUCCCUGGGCAUCCCUGCUGCAGCAGCUGCAGCAGCAAGUAGAUUGGGCAUUGCUGGCCUUGCUGCCGGACAUGCAGUUCUUUUGGUUAGCAAUCUCAACCCAGAGAGAGUUACGCCCCAAUGCCUCUUUAUUCUCUUCGGUGUGUAUGGUGAUGUCAUAAGAGUGAAGAUCCUCUUUAAUAAGAAGGAAAAUGCCUUGGUGCAGAUGGCAGACGCAAACCAGGCUCAGCUAGCUAUGAGUCACCUUAAUGGACAGAAACUCCAUGGCAAGGCCAUUCGAGUAACUUUGUCCAAACAUCAGACUGUGCAGCUACCUAGAGAAGGUCAGGAGGACCAGGGUCUCACAAAGGACUUCAGCAAUUCACCUCUUCAUCGUUUUAAGAAGCCUGGAUCCAAAAACUUUCAGAACAUUUUUCCUCCCUCUGCAACACUCCAUCUCUCUAAUAUCCCGCCUUCAGUAAUGGAAGAAGACCUGAAGAAAUUGUUUGCAAGUACAACUGCUGUUGUCAAAGGUUUCAAGUUCUUCCAGAAAGAUCGAAAGAUGGCAUUGAUCCAAAUGGGCUCUGUGGAAGAAGCAAUUCAGUGUUUGAUAGAAUUUCAUAAUCAUGACCUUGGGGAAAAUCACCACUUGAGAGUUUCCUUUUCCAAAUCUACCAUUUAGAAACCAGCUUUGGCAGUUAUUUGACAGACGUUCCACUCCUCAUGGACAGAACUGCCAGCUGGGGUCUUAAUUCCAUUAGACUCUGUUCCAUCAUUCCUUGAAAUAUAUACAAAUAUAUAUAUUUAUAUAUAUCUAUAAAGCCACUUUUUCAAAAUGGACACCAGAGGGAGGGAUAAAGAUUUUUAUUUGUUUUAAGUAUCAAUUUUAGCUUUUUAUGACCUCUUCCUUCCCUUUUCUAAUUUCUGUACAUUUUCAUGAUUGAAAGUAUUGGACUGAACUACAAAACGCUGCCUGUUUCCUGUUAAGAUCACAUUGAGUCCUACAGAACAGUGUAAGCAUAAGUACAGUAGUUCUUAUAGAUCAACUCCAGUAUACUGUGCCUUAUUAAAAGCAUUUGUACAGAUACUGUUUUCCCCUAGUAAGCAACCCCAUCUUUGUACACUGCAUUCAACGCAGUGUAAUUAAAAGCCUAGCAGAGUAAGCCAGUAUUAUCUUGGUUUAUGUUAAUGCCUAAAUGGGCUCUAACAUUUUUCCCCUUUACUGUGCAGAAUCAGUUUGUACUUGCAGCAUUUUUGAUUUGGGUAAAUAAGCAAGAGAGCCUGACUUUCAUGGCUUAUUUAGCUCCCAUUUUGAUGGAAAUUCUCUUUUGUAAGAGGAAGCAAGUUGAGUUGUACAGCUGGGAAGAUGGCACCAUCUGUGUAUCGGUGAUCUAUAUUUAAAUUUUGUAAUUCAUAGUCUAGCUUGCUAAAUUUCCCCAGAGUGCAUCAGUUAGUUGCUCCAUUACUUUUGUCCAAAUAUUUGUCAUGUUAUUGGAAAGUGCAAUUAGUGCAUUGCUGUUUAGUCUUAAAUACUCAGUUGCGUUUUUUUUUUUUUUUCCUGAAUUUAUUUUAUAGUACGAAUAUAUUUAACGCUCCCUGCUGUAUAUUGAUUGGCAGAGGAAUUCUUUGUCACAUGUCAACUUAAGGUGGUCACCAAAUUUAUUUGCAGUAAAAUGCAUCUGUUUGAGACCCUAUUGUAAUAUCUGCACAUUUGUUAAUUUGCAUUUCCAAGCCACUGUUGUGCAAAAGAUACCAAGCUACAUCUUCAGUUUCUCUAGAAGUAUGCCUGCUCUUAAGAUUCUGCCAGCCUCUACAAAUUUCCUAGUUGCUCUUUUUAAACCAGUCCCUUAGACCUGUUUUGAGUGUUACAAUUUCCAUGGAUGUGCCUGUUGUAAACCUUCUGCUGAAUUCUCUAGCAGCACCUUAUCCUUCCAAGACAUUGUGGUGUCACUGUACCUAUAUGUUCAGAUUAAAGCUGUCCAUUCUUGGGUCCUUGUUCGGAGCCUGAGAAGGUUUGGCCAGCAACUGCAUGAUUUAAAAGCUCUUAUUGUAAUUAAGAUGCAAGGUUGGUGUGGCUGGUCAGGCUUGCUUUGUAGUGGGAUGUUUUUUUCUUUAUACAUGUUUGCUGUAACAAGUAAGAUUUAAAGCAAUUUGAUUUUUUUUUCUCCCUCCUGCUGCUAUUUAAUGAGGUUUUUGGGACCAAAGUGGGGCAUGGGCUCUCAAACCCUCCCCACCCCCUAACAAAAGUAUGCUUCACACCAGCUGGAAGGUGGCAGGUAAUCGUUACAGAAGUUGGAUAUCCUGGUCACUCUUUAAAUUAGCCAGGGUUGCGUUCUUAUUUUCUGAUGUCUGGGGACAAAUUCCACUUUUCUCAGGUUUGUUUUCAAGGGAGCACUUGUAGCUUUGGAGCAUUUUCUAAAAGUGCUACCAAAAAUUUAAUUUUGCCAUGUUAAAGUUAGUUGCAGAUUCCAGGUGUUCCAGGGAAUUUAAUGUUAUGAUUUGACUGUUUUCAUUUUAAAUAUGAAAGUCGUUCCACUACAGAUUAUGGGUUUCAUGGGACUAGGUUUACAUGUCUGGCAGAUGCCAGCACAUGGUGUUGGGUGGGUUUUUUUUUUUUUUUUGUUUUUUUUUUUAACACCUAAGGAAAAAAGCAAAAACGAGCUUUAAAUGCCUGCGGUUUUGUCCCAUUGAAUGGUAGAAUGCUGUCUUAGUUUGGGACAGGGGUUAUUAAAAGGAAAGGUGUACAUAUAAAUUUUUGCUAUUUGAACAGGGAGCAAUAUUGCUUUUAUAUUGAUUAAACAAUUGUAUAUUUUGGUAGUGACUGUGACAAGGGGAGAAGUCGACAAUAAAAUCAGUUUUUCUAACUUGUUAUCUUUAUGUAUUUCUUUAUACUUUGUUAAGUUGGUAGAUUUUUUUUUUUUUCUUACUCUGUGCCUUUUCAAUAAACUUUAUAUUCUCAA